ACGAUGAUGCUUGUGACGCUGUGAACGAGCCUGAGCAAUCCGUCUUUUUGGAACAUCUACACGCAAUGCAACAGUAAAGCGUGCUACAUAAUUUUGAUUGUUCGCGGCAAAUCAGGAAAAAGGCCGCGUUGAAUUGUGUUGAUUAGAAGACGUUUUAUAUCAAUUGUAGCAUGGCCACCAGUGCCAAGAGGCCAUCCCUUGGGACCGUGGUGGCGCCGCCACGCAAGAAGACCAGCCCCAAACCUGAGCUCACCGAGGAGCAGAAACAGGAGAUCAGAGAGGCCUUUGAGCUCUUUGACACCGAGGGCUCCGGCCACAUAGAUGUCAAAGAACUGAAGGUGGCCAUGAGAGCUCUGGGGUUUGAGCCCAAGAAGGAAGAGAUCAAAAAGAUGAUCACAGAGGUGGACAAAGAAGGCUCCGGAAAAAUAUCCUUCACCGACUUCCUUUCUGUUAUGACCCAGAAAAUGGCAGAGAAGGAUUCCAAAGAAGAGAUUCUGAAGGCUUUCCGGCUAUUUGACGAUGACGAGACGGGUAAAAUAUCAUUCCGCAACCUCAAGCGAGUGGCUAAAGAACUGGGAGAGAACCUCACUGAUGAUGAACUACAGGAGAUGAUUGACGAGGCAGACAGGGAUGGAGAUGGAGAGGUCAACCAGCAGGAGUUCUUCCGCAUCAUGAAGAAGACCAGCCUGUACUGAUCACCGUAACCCCUCUUCACAGGCAGGGGGAAGGGGUUUCAUGAUAUUACAUUGUGUACUCACAACAUCCGGAGAGUUUUCUAGAAAGCAGGGGUCCGUUUCCCAAAAUGGGGAGAAAAAGGAAGUUAGCAACAGUGUUAAGAAAAUUUUAACUGCUUAAGUAGGGUGGAUGUUCAUCUGGACUUUCGUUCUUUAAAUCGCAAACUAAGCAGUAGCUUUGUAAGUAUUCAGCGAGCGGUCAGAUACAUUUGUUGCACUGCAAAAAACAUAGAAACUCAAAUUAAGCCAGUAGUUUCCCUUUGGGACUAAUGAAGUUACUCCGCAAGUAAAAAAAUCUUUUGUGGAUUUGGGAGGUAUUUCUCAACAUGAGCAUUACAUUUACUUAAAAUCAGCCACUGAAUAACAGUAGAUGAUAUUUGUGUGUAUUUUAUCUAUGACAUGGAACCUUGGCUAUUGUUGUUGUAUCCUUGCAACAAAGUGGCAGGAUGGAUGAGAGGUUACGGUGCUAGGCAGCAAAGGGACCAUUCAAUCCUGUCUGAAGCGGCAGUUUUGCCACAUUUUUACAGCCAGAUAUGUUAUACAAAAUACUCUCAAAUAUCAGUUAUGUUUGCAACUAUGAAGAUUUGACCUCACUCAACUGCUAGUCGCAGAAAUAGAAAACUAUGUUAAUAUAAAAUGUAAUGGAUUUUUUUGUAAUUGCAAGGAGAUCAUGGUAAUGGUUUUGUAUCGUAUAUACCGGUAAUUGCACACUUCAAGUUUCACCCACAGCUUUUCUGGGGAACAAAUUGAGAGUUGUUAACUGAGAGAGCUGUUCAUGAGAAACGGACCCCUGCUUUUGGUGCUUCAGUACGUCAACUCCUGGCCUGUGGUGCCUCCCGAUAGUCAUCUUUUGGAUUUAUUCUCCUAUGAAAAUGGAGCAUAGUUUGUUUACUAUGAAAUCUUGCCAAAAUAUAAAAUUUUAUCAAAGUAUUAAUUACCUAUUAAAUGUUAUUGGCAUGGGUUGUCGUAUUUAGAAUCUGUCACGGGUCAUUGUGUUUCUGUAAAUUCAUUUUAAAUAUUGGAGGACAGGAUAAUCAGUGUGUUGGAGAGUGGGUGUGUCAGAGCUAAUAUGAGUUUUUGGGGUCCACAAUGUUGUCCAACCUGAGCUUCUUUAUCAGUAUUGUUUAAAUCACAAAGUACACCCGUUUUGUUAAUAGUUCAUUUGGGGUUAAGCACCUGCAGUGCCUACAUCUGAUUGGAACAAAAAAGACUGGAAAACAUUGUUGGAUUCCACACAAUUCCACGUUUUAUGUUUCAGAAGAAUAUAUCAUGUAGAUUUUUUUUCUCUUUUGUUUCACAGAAUUUCCACUGCUUGCAGCAGUUUUGCUUGCUAUAGUCUUUUCAGGGAGUUUGGUCUGGUUUCUUAAGGCUGAUAUAUUGCCUUUGUGCCUGAGUCGUGACCGACAGUGUUAAGCUUCACAGAGGUUCCAAAUCUCCUCCUCUGCCCUCGCUUACAAGUAUUUGAUUACAAAAUGUUCUGUUAAAAUGUGUGCUUUUUAUUUAUUUAAUUUCGAUGUACCUCCUUUGUACACUUUGCUCUUAAGUAUUGAAUGUUUUGUAUUUUACUGUGUAUGAAGUUACAAACAAUUAUUUAAGGUAUCACUAUCAACAUAGUUGUAUAUUGAGCAAAUCCUAUUGUUUUGUCUUUAUUUGUGGAA